UGCGAAGACAAAUUGAAAAAUUAUCCUUUUUUGUAAGCUAGCCGUAGACAAGGGGGAAUGUAUGAAACCAUCGACGCGCUGGUUCUUUAAUAGCGAAACCUGUCAGUGCGAACAAUACACGGGGUGAACGGAAAUAGUUUUGGAACAAAAGAAAAGUGUGAAUUUCGCUGUGGUUGUAGUGAAUGUAAAAAUGUUUGUAAUAUGCCUAUUAAGAUGAGCAAUGAUGAUGGACCUCGUUGCAGCGGCUAUAUGCCUAGCUAUGGUUACAAUACCAAAACUUGCAAAUGCGAAAGGUUCAUUUAUUCUGGAUGUGGGGGUAAUGCCAAUAGAUUUGAUACACUUAAAGCGUGUAAUAAACGUUGUGAAAAAAAUGAAUGCAAAGCGAAACCAUUGUAUUCAUGCAUGUUACCGAGGGAUGAGAGUAAUGUUGAUGCCACUCAAGAUAGAUAUUUUUAUGAUAGCAAAAUAUGCAAAUGUAGGAGAGCCCGUCGAGGUGAAUGUAAAGGUAGAAAAACUUUCCCCACAUCAAAGUUGUGUGAAAAGUCAUGCCAAGAUAUGACAUGCCCAUCUACUGUUUGCAACCUUCCGAAGAAUAAAGGGACAUGUAAAAAGAACAUCAAACGCUUCUUCUUUAACAAGCAUACAUGUAAAUGUGAACAGUUUGUUUAUGGUGGGUGUGGUGGUAACGAAAACAGAUACGACACUCGAGAAGAAUGUGAAGCAAUAUGCGGGAACAUUGAUUGUCCUGUUUGUAAUCUUCCACCAGAGAAAGGAAUUUGCAAGAUAUUCGAGAUAUUCGGAUGGAACAAGAAACAGGAAAAAUGGUAUUAUGAUGCAGCAGAAUGUAAGUGUAAGACUUUCACUUACAAAGGCUCCAGUGGAAAUUUAAACCGCUUUGAUACUGAGAAAGAAUGUAAAACGUUCUGUGGUUCAGCCCCUUGUCCAAUUUGUUCACUACCAAAAGAAACUGGGUCGUGCAGUAAAAACAUUCCUCGGUUUUUCUACAACCCAGAGUCCAAAAGAUGCGAGAAAUUUGCAUGGAAAGGAUGCGGAUUAAACUUGAAUAAUUUUGAUAGCAGAAAGCAUUGCGUCAAAGUCUGUGGACGGAACAACUUCUUUAAAAAGUUUAUAAAUACGAUUUUUCAACACAACAUAUGUCCCAAUGGCAGAAAUGGUACAUGUGGAACAAUGAGAGGCCUUGUGUGCCCUGCUGAAUCUACGUGUUUAUUCACAAGAAAAUAUCUUGGCGCCAGUGGUCAUUGUUGUAUAAACAAACAUGUAAAAGUAUGCCUGCAACCUGUAGAACCUGGUCCUUGCAGAGCUGCAAUCACACGUUACUUUUACAAUGCCAAGAGCUGUACAUGCGAGCCUUUCAGUUGGGGUGGCUGUGCACCAAAUGACAACAAUUUCGAAACCCUUGAAUACUGUGAAGCAUCUUGCGAAGACAAAUUGAAAAAUUAUCCUUUUUGUAAGCUAGCUAUAGACAAGGGGGAAUGUAUGAAACCAUCGACGCGCUGGUUCUUUAAUAGCGAAACCUGUCAAUGCGAACAAUACACGGGCUGUGAGGUGAACGGAAACAGUUUUGGAACAAAAGAAAAGUGUGAAUUUCGCUGUGGUUGUAGUGAUUGUAAAAAUGUUUGUAAUAUGCCUAUUAAGAUGAGCAAUGAUGAUGGACCUCUUUGCGGCGGCUAUAUCCCUAGCUAUGGUUACAAUACUAAAACUUGCAAAUGCGAAAGGUUCAUUUAUUCUGGAUGUGGGGGUAAUGCCAAUAGAUUUGAUACACUUAAAGCGUGCAAUAAACGUUGUGAAAAAAAUGAAUGCAACGUGAAACCAUUAUAUUCAUGCAUGUUAGCGAGAGAUCAGAGUAAUUUUGGUGCCACUCAAAAUAGGUAUUUUUAUGAUAGCAAAAUAUGCAAAUGUAGGAUAGCCCGUCGAGGUCAAUGUAAAGGUAGAAAAACUUUCCCCACAUUAAAAUUGUGUGAAAAGUCAUGUCAAGAUAUGACAUGCCCAUCUACUGUUUGCAACCUUCCGAAGAAUAAAGGGACAUGUAAAAAGAACAUCAAACGCUUCUUCUUUAACAAGCAUACAUGUAAAUGUGAACAGUUUGUUUAUGGUGGGUGUGGUGGUAACGAAAACAGAUACGACACUCGAGAAGAAUGUGAAGCAAUAUGCGGGAACAUUGAAUGUCCUGUUUGUAAUCUCCCACCAAAGAAAGGAGUUUGCAACAGAGGAAACAAGAAACAGGAAAAAUGGUAUUAUGAUGCAGCAGAAUGUCAGUGUAAGACUUUCACUUACAAAGGCCGCAGUGGAAAUUUAAACCGCUUUGAUACAGAGAAAGAAUGUAAAAAGUUCUGCGGUUCAGCCCCUUGUCCAAUUUGUUCACUACCAAAAGAAACUGGGUCGUGCAAUAAAAACAUUCCUCGGUUUUUCUACAACCCAAAUACCAAAAGAUGCGAGAAAUUUGCAUGGAAAGGAUGCGGAUUAAACUUGAAUAAUUUUGAUAGCAAAAAGCAUUGCAAGAAAGUCUGUGGACGGAAAAACUCAUCUAAAAAAUUUAUAAAUACGAUUUUUCAACAAACUAAACAAUAAAUUCGUUUUCUGAUAUGUGGUAUAGAAUUACUUAUAUAACUUAUAAAAUAUAAUAACAAGUUCAAUGAAGUACUAAUAAAAGACAUUUCAAUAUU